GCUGUAAACAGCGACGUCAUCCCGAUCCCGCCGCCAUUUCUCUCAACUUGCCUGCCGGAAGGACGCGAUGGCAGCAGUAGGACGGCUGUUUUGCUCGGCGUGGAGUCGGUGUGCGGUGCCAGAGCUCCGAGCUCCCUGUGCCUGCUAUCACAAGAAGGUUGUUGACCACUAUGAGAACCCGCGGAACGUUGGAUCCCUUGACAAGACUGCAAAGAAUGUUGGAACGGGCCUAGUGGGUGCUCCAGCAUGUGGAGAUGUUAUGAAACUGCAGAUUGAAGUGGAUGAAGAGGGAAAAAUUGUUGAUGCCAGGUUCAAAACAUUUGGCUGUGGUUCUGCAAUUGCCUCCAGCUCUCUGGCUACUGAAUGGGUGAAAGGGAAAACGGUUGAUGAGGCAAUGACCAUCAAGAACACAGAUAUUGCCAAAGAGCUCUGCCUUCCCCCAGUGAAGCUUCACUGUUCUAUGCUUGCAGAGGAUGCAAUCAGAGCGGCCUUGGCGGACUACAGACUUAAGCAAAGCAAGGAGAAAGCAGCAGCUAGCAACUAGUCAUCCAACUACCUGGACACUUAAUAAUGCCGUUCUCGUAGGAUAUAGGGCUUGACUUUACCAUUAGAACAGCAGACUCGAUAAUGCGCACAACUAUACAGCAGCUUGUUCAACUGUGUGAGUGUUCUCUCUGUAACUGUAUGAUUUCUUAGUUUUGUAAAAUGUGCUCUUAAAGAAGAAGGGUGAUGGUCUUGAUUCUGACAUGUAUUGUACUGAUUCUGUUUAUGAUUCAGGAGUAUGCAAUUGUGUAAAAUGCUGCAACUACUUGUGAAAUAGAAGGAAAAAAAUAAGUACAAAGGCAUCAGUGGGAUUUGGUAGUAGCCUUAACUAGUCCCCCCCCCCCCCCCUUCCUUUUGGUAUGUGGUUUUAUUAAAUUAUGUUACAGAUUAAGGCCUCGUGCACACAACCGUUGUUUUGGUCCGUAACCGAUUUGCGGAUCACAAAACGCACAACGGUCGUGUGCAUGAGGCCUUAGCCACAUUAAACCAGUGUUAGUGUUUGAGGCUCACAUGUGCUGCACACACAUCACAAAUGUAUGUGGGGCAGACAGUGACCCAGCACGGGUGUAAGAAGCUUUUCAGUUCUGUGGUUUAAAACCACUCUCAUUAGGAUAGCACUCAGUCUGGAACUAUGGAAAGUCAUGAAAGUCUAUAUGGUAAGUUACAGACCUAUACAUGCCCAAAGGGUCUGUUGUAGGCUAGGUUCACAAAUAGCAAUUUGCUGUGAAUCCUAAAGGGAGGUACAAAAUAGAGAUUUUUUUUAUUUUUAAUCCACACACAAAAAAAAUAACUGCUCAGUGUGAAUGUGUGUCGGUCAUGCUUAUAUUGCGGCCCGCAAACAUUCACUUGAAUGGGUCUGCAAUCCAGAAGAUAGAGUGGAAGGCCACGGAAGCAUUACGGAGCGCUUCUGUGGCAUUUUGGUCUGUGCCCCUGCACCGCCCCAAAAAACUAACAUGCUGUUUUUCGGGGGGGGGGGGGGGGGAGGGGUUUGCGGUGCAGACUGAUCAAGUUAAAUGGGUCUGCAUCUGUCAGCACCGGCCACACUGACUGUGCACGUACAUCGGGGACUGCAAUUUGAGUUCCUCGAUGCACGGCAUGGGCAGCACACGUUCGUUUGCCAUGAGCCCUUACUUUCCUUAGAUCUUAAAUGUGUGCACAAGUAUUGUGGUCUGAGAUUAUGUGGAGUCCUUCUUCUUCUUCUUUUUUUUUUUUUUUUUUUCUUUUUUCAACUUUAUUAUUUUCGGACACCUGCGCCAACUCCAAGGAAGCUGUUGAUCCAAAGUGAAAACUGAUAUAUAGAUUUUUUUAUUUUUUUUUCUUGCAGAGGAAAGAGUGCUUAAUCAAAGCUUCAUAGUUUUGUACGUAGUGUAUAGUGUAAGCAAGAAAACUCAAUCACCCAUCUUUUCUUCUUGUAUAUAUAUUUCAUAUUAAAAAUGAAAUAUAAAAUCAAUUUGCUGUUUUUUUUGUUUUGUUUUUUUUGGUUUUUUUUCUUGAAUGCUUCCUUCACACACAUUUAGUCUGAUGUUUUUUGUUUUGUUUUUCUGCUAAAAAAUGUUUCUUCAGUCAUGGAAAAAAUGCCAAAGCCAUGCUGCAAUAAAAAAAUAAAAAAUCCAUUGCCCCCCCAAAUGAACACACUACAAGUGAAAGACAUGCUGCUAAAUAAAAACACAUCUCUACUUCAUUUCAUAAUUCUCAUUGACUUACAGCUACCAUCUGGGGGUGGCGUUUAUUUUGUUUUAGUUUUUUUUUUUUAUAAAAACUAAUGCGUGAAAGUAUUCAGCAAAAACAACAGUAAAAGGUGUGAAUCCACCCAAAGCUGCAUCGGUUAUUUGACAAUUCUUUAUUUUAAGAAGUCCAUAAUAUGUCCCCCUAAACUUGAGUUAGUGGGUGCACCAGCUUCCACUCAACAGCACUAUUUGUGCAUAAGAUUCGCGGUAUGUAAAUUCGCGUGUGAGCCCUCUCUGCACUAUGUAGUGGCCGAGGUUAUAAAAUAUCUGAACAGCUAGAAUGGGAGUUUGUACAGUAUAGCAUAUAUAUAUAUAUCUAGGGAUGGCCAACCUGUACCUCUCCAGCUGUUUCAAAACUACACUGCCCAGACCGUCUACAUACAACUAUCAGCCUACAGCAGGGCAUGGUGGGCAUUGUCGUUUUAAAACAGCUGGAGAGCCACAGGUUGGCCAUCCCUGCAGUAUAGUGCUCCAUUGACCACUAAGGAGCACUGAAACGCUUGUGUGCAGUACAGGGAAUCUUUUGCUCCUCUCUUCUCCCAGUUGGGGCUAUUUUGUGGGUGGCACUGCUUUUUUAUAUUUUAGGAAAAAAAUAAAAAUGAUUUAUACAUGUUUAUUAUUAACCAAAACUCAGCAGUGGAUUCUAAAAGUAGAAAAUGAAAUGCAUAUAGAUUUUUGGUUGUGAGAUGGGUGAAUUUCCCAUUUAUUUAUUUUUUGCUUUACUUGCCAUUAUGUUUAUUAAAGGAGAAACAUGGUGUUUGGAA